AUGGCACACCCAUCACAAUUAGGAUUUCAAGACGCAGCCUCCCCAGUUAUGGAAGAACUUAUCCAUUUUCACGAUCAUACCCUUAUAAUUGUAUUCUUAAUUAGCUCCCUAGUCCUCUAUAUCAUUACAGCCAUAGUAUCAACAAAACUUACAAACAAAUAUAUCCUUGAUUCCCAAGAAAUUGAAAUCGUUUGAACUAUCUUACCUGCUAUUAUUCUCAUUAUAAUUGCUCUACCAUCUUUACGAAUUCUGUAUUUAAUAGAUGAAAUUAAUGAUCCACAUUUAACUAUUAAAGCUAUAGGUCACCAAUGAUACUGAAGCUACGAAUAUACAGAUUAUGAAGACUUAACAUUUGACUCUUACAUAGUUCAAACCCAAGACCUAACCCCAGGACAAUAUCGCUUACUUGAAACAGACCACCGAAUAGUUGUACCCAUAGAAUCCCCCAUUCGAGUACUAGUCUCAGCAGAGGAUGUUCUCCAUUCAUGAACUGUCCCCGCCCUAGGAGUAAAAAUAGACGCUGUACCCGGCCGACUAAACCAAACCGCUUUCAUCGUUUCCCGCCCGGGAGUUUAUUAUGGCCAAUGUUCAGAGAUUUGUGGUGCUAACCACAGUUUCAUACCUAUCGUGGUUGAAGCAGUCCCACUAGAAUAUUUCGAGACUUGAUCUUCAUUAAUACUAGAAGAAGCCU